AUGGCGCUGUUCAGAAGGUUCUUUUACCGGAAGCCGCCGGAUCGCCUUUUGGAGAUCUCUGAGAGGGUUUAUGUUUUUGAUUGUUGUUUCUCCACGGACGUAUUGGAAGAAGGUGAGUACAAAGUUUAUAUGGGGGGAGUUGUGGCUCAGCUACAAGAUCACUUUCCGGAAGCUUCUUUCAUGGUGUUCAACUUCAGAGAAGGGGAGAGGCGAACCCAAGUCUCAGACAUACUUUCUCAGUAUGACAUGACAGUUAUGGAGUACCCUCGGCAAUAUGAGGGUUGUCCUCUUCUGCCUUUAGAGAUGAUCCAUCACUUUCUUCGAUCAAGUGAAAGCUGGUUGUCUGUGGAAGGGCAACAGAAUGUGCUUUUGAUGCAUUGUGAGAGGGGAGGAUGGCCUGUGCUGGCAUUCAUGCUAGCAGGUCUUCUGUUGUACCGGAAACAGUACAGCGGGGAGCAAAAGACUCUUGAAAUGGUCUACAAGCAAGCUCCCAGAGAACUGCUCCACCUUUUAACUCCGUUGAACCCGCAACCUUCUCAGUUCAGAUAUCUUCAGUAUAUUUCCAGAAGACAUCUGGGUUCUGAGUGGCCUCCGUCAGACACACCCUUGUACCUGGAUUGUCUGAUUCUUAGAGACCUCCCUUUAUUCGAUGAUGGAAAAGGUUGCAGACCUGUUGUGCGUGUUUAUGGUCCGGACCCUUCAAAACCUGCCAAUAGAAGUUCGAAGCUUCUUUUCUCAACCUCAAACUCCCUAAAGCAUGUUCGACACUAUCAACAGGCAGAGUGUAUGCUUGUGAAAAUUGAUCUCCGUUGUCGUGUUCAAGGAGAUGUGGUUCUUGAGUGCAUAAAUUUAAACGAAGAUUCUACUGGUGAGGAGGUGAUGUUUAGAAUUAUGUUCCAUACUGCAUUUGUGCGGUCAAAUAUAUUGAUGCUGAGCCGUGAUGAAAUUGAUAUUUUGUGGGAUGCUAAGGAUCAAUACCCCAAGGACUUCAAAGCAGAGGUGCUUUUUUUGGACGCUGAUGCUGUUAUACCUGAUCUGAACACAGUAACGGCGGCGAGUCAAGAUGCAAAUGAAACAGAAAAUGCUUCACCUGAGGAAUUCUAUGAAGUGGAAGAGAUUUUCAGCAAUGUAGUUGAUGUGCAGGAAAGUAAGGCAGAGGAUAAUUCUCAAACUUUUCAUGACAAUGCAGUGAAUGAUGGAAAUCAUAAAAGGAUCUGGAGGGAGGAUUCAGGUCCUCACGCUUUUCAGGAUUGCACGCCAGAUGAUGGGAUUCACACACAGGUUGGAAAGAUGGAUUCCGGUAUUAAUGAUGUGAAAGAUAUCUCUGUUGAUGAUGUUAACUGCAAGUUCAAUGUGAGCAUGGAUUCCGAUCCUCAGGCAGUGAAGGACAUUGCCAUGGAUGAUGGAGAAAUUAAGUCAAAUUCCACUGCCAUAAAUUAUGAUAUGAUGGUACCUUUGGAAACAAAGGAAAUCAUUGAGGAUGCUGAUCGGGGAUCAGCAAUUAUGCAGGACAAAUAUGAUGAAGAUAACGAAGCAACAGAGAAGGAAUUAGAUUACAAGGAAGGGCAGCCCAUGCCUGAUAGUUCCAAACAAAAAUCUGGUAAACUACCUCCAUCUACUGCUAAGAAACAAAUUCCAUCAAACUCAAAGCCAGGAGAUACUGUUGGAAAACAAAAGGUUAAAGAAACCACUGCUUUUCAGGCAAAACAAGCUAAACCAACUGCAGUGACGAGGUGGAUUCCUUCUAACAAGGGUUCUUACACAAAUUCAAUGCAUGUGUAUUAUCCACCAACAAGGAUUAAUAGUGCACCACCUGGACUGUCAAAUAUAACCACUUCAAAGGAGAAAAUGGACGAUAACAAAACAAGAUCCUUAGCUGCUCCUUUUGGCUCUGCAGCAGCUGUUUCUGCUGACAUGAAAAAUGACCUGAAAAGUCGGAAGGUGACCACUUCAAAAUCUUUCGGCCAAGUAGUAUCAGAAAUUGAUGCAAAAUGUCCAUUAUCGCCGCCAUCAGUUAAAGAGACAUCUCUUAAGUCAGUAAGUCAAGUACAAGAGCAGAGCUCAGAGCAAUUGCUACAACCUCUUGCACUGCGUCCUAUUCCUCCUCCUCCUCCACCACCUUUGCCGCCAUCCUUUUCAUCAUUUAGUAGACAAGACAUUAGGGUGAAUUUACAACCUGCAACUUCUCCCCCACCUCCACCUCCGCCACCACCUCAACCCUCAUGGAAGUCUGUGGCUUCAUCGAUAGUUGGAGAGACUCGUGGUUCUUUCCCACUCUCUCCACUCGCCCUUCCCUUUGCAAGCAAUGGAAUUACAUCAAAAUUUUCUGAAGUACCUACUGAAGUGGCUCCAUCAAGGCCUCCUCCACCACCACCACCACCACCACCAAUCCUCCCUCCAUGGCACGAAGUUUCAACCGUUCCUCUACUACCACCAACAGUACCUCCUGCAAAGCAUGGAGUUUCAUCAAUUCCUCCUCCUCCUCCUCCCCCCUCAUUUCCUAUGUCUUCAACAAACAUGUCUCCAGUCCCGCCACCUACAACUACAUCUCAAAAAGCUCCACCCCCACCUCCACCUCCACCUCAUCCACCCUUUGUUAAUUCAUAUACAAGUUCACCGGCACCACCUCUAUCUCCAACUCCUUUUCGUAAGGCUCCAUCACCUCCGCCUCCACCUCCUUUUACUAAUGCUCCAACAGAAAUGCCUCCACCACCACCUCCACCACCACCUUUUACUAGGACUCCACCAGCACCACCCCCACCUCCUCCACUCCCUUUUAGUACAUCUCGGUCUGCACCCUCUCUUUUUACUAGAGCUCCACCACCCCCACCCCCACCUCUUCAUUUAUUGGGUGGAUCCCCACCUCCACCUCCACCUCCACCUCCUCCAGUGUCUAGAGCCCCUCCCCCUCCACCUCCUCCAUUGUAUGGAGCCCCUCCUCCUCCUCCUCCACCUCCUUCGAUGUCUAGAGCCCCUCCACCUCCACCUCCUCCGACGCAUGGAGCACCACCACCACCACCACUUCCCGGUGGUCGAGGACCACCACCACCACCACCACCUCCCGGUGGCCGAGGCCCGCCACCACCACCACCACCUCCUGGUGGCCGAGGAGGCCCACCUCCACCCCCUCCUCCUGGUGGUCGAGGAGGCCCACCUCCUCCACCUCUUCCUGGUGGUCGAGGAGGCCCGCCUCCACCUCCUCCUCCUGGUGGUCGAGGAGGCCCGCCUCCACCUCCUCCUCCUGGUGGUCGAGGAGGCCCACCUCCUCCACCUUUUCCUGGUGGUGCACCUCCACCACCUCCGCCCUUGGGUUCUAAAGGUGCAAAUGUUGGAGCUGACCCAAAUGGGAGAGGGCGUGGAUAUGCCCGCCCUGCUGCAGUGGCACCCCGGCGAUCCUCCUUAAAGCCUUUGCAUUGGAGUAAGGUUACAAGGGCAUUGCAAGGAAGUUUAUGGGAAGAAUUACAAAGACAUGGAGAACUGCAAAUUGCACCAGAGUUUGAUGUUUCGGAGCUAGAGAAACUUUUCUCUACAAAUGUUCCAAAACCCACCGAUUCAAAAUCUGGAGGGAGGCGCAAGUCUACUGGAUCUAAACCCGAUAAAGUUCAAUUGGUUGACCUAAGGAGGGCUAAUAAUACGGAAAUCAUGCUUACUAAGGUUAAGAUGCCACUUCCUGAUAUGAUGGCUGCAGUACUAGCUUUGGAUGAGUCAGUAUUAGAUGUUGAUCAGGUGGAAAAUCUCAUUAAGUUUUGUCCUACCAAAGAGGAAAUGGAACUUUUGAAGGCAUACACCGGCAACAAGGAGAAUUUGGGAAAGUGUGAGCAGUUUUUUUUGGAGCUGAUGAAGGUGCCAAGGGUGGAGUCAAAGUUAAGAGUUUUCGCUUUCAAAAUUCAGUUUCAGGCUCAGGUUACCGAAUUUAGGAAGAGUUUAAACACAGUAAACUCUGCCUGUGAAGAGGUCCGGAAAUCUACCAAACUGAAGGAUAUCAUGAAGAAAAUUCUUUUUUUGGGUAAUACAUUGAAUCAGGGAACUGCCAGGGGAUCUGCAGUUGGAUUUAAGUUGGAUAGUCUUUCAAAGCUCACCGACACUCGUGCUACUAACAAUAAGAUGACACUAAUGCAUUAUCUCUGCAAGGUGCUAGCUGAAAGGUCGCCUGGACUCCUUGAUUUUCACAAAGACCUUGUUAGUCUGGAAGGCGCCACUAAGAUACAAUUGAAAUCAUUAGCUGAAGAGAUGCAGGCAAUCACCAAGGGAUUAGAAAAGGUUAAACAAGAGCUUGCUGGAUCAGAAAAUGAUGGACCCGUGUCCGAAGUUUUCCGUAAGACAUUGAAAGGAUUCAUUACUGUAGCUGAAUCAGAUGUGGCAGAUCUGACAAAAUUAUAUUCUACAGUGGGUAAAAAUGCUGAUGCACUUGCACUGUAUUUCGGUGAGGAGCCUUCUCGAUGCCCAUGUGAGCAAGUUACUGCAACUCUAUUAAAUUUUAUAAGGUUGUUCCGAAAAGCACAUGAAGAGAAUUGCAAACAAGCAGAACUAGAGAAAAAGAAAGCUGAGAAAGAGGCUGAAAUGGAGAAGGCUAAGGGCGUUAACUUAACAAAAAAGAGUGGAAAAGAUAGUUGA